CCCGUCAUCUUCAGAUUGUUGCUAUACGGUGGAGACAAGCGAGAUGCAAGGUUUAAGCCAAGUCUAGAAGUACCGGAGUGACGCGAGAUUGACGCCGUCGGAAGAAACGAAGUCAGUGGCACCUCUCUGUGCGUCACGAGGUUCUUCGCAGCGUUACGGUUGGCGUCGCGGCAACGGUCGCUGGGCUGGCAGGUCGCCCACGACAGGGCCGCCGGCUGCACGUGUCCCCACUGCCGCUUGACUUUAUGACUCCGGCGUCCGCCGACGAGUGGGGCAACCAGGACACGAAGGAGACCCUCGCGCUUCGUCGUCGUGGUCGGCCCGUCUCGUGCCGUCGAUUGUCAUAGACUGCACGGUGGCACGCGCGUCGCUGUUCGCACAUCGCUCCCGCGACCGCCGAGGCGACCAUGAGGGAUGGAAAGAAGAUCGCGCUUCAGGCACUGGCGCUUUGGAGGCAAAUAUUGAUGGUACUCAUUCCCGUCGUUCUACUUCCGUUGCUCUUCUUCGAAGACGCUCAGAAAGCUCGCUGUGCAUAUGUCGUCAGCAUCGUGGGCCUCUAUUGGAUUGUGGAGCCCAUACCUUUGGGAGCCACGUCGCUCAUCCCCAUUGUGCUGUACCCGAUGCUCGGUGUUCUUACCACAGAAAGAACGUGCCAACUUUACAUGAACGACAUCAACCUCAUGUUCCUGGGUACCCUGGUUAUGGCCGUCGCCAUUGAACAUUCGCACUUGCAUCAAAGGAUUGCCCUCAAGACGUUGUGUCUGCUAGGCACCGGCAUCAAGAUGCUGGCUUUCGGCUUGAUGUUCAUCUCCAUGUUCCUCUCCAUCUGGAUUAACAACGUGGCCAUCACCGCCAUGAUGAUGCCCGUCGUAAACUCACUUGCGCACGAGUUGCUUCAAGAGCGGCGUAGGAGCCUCUCGAGAGGAGACAUUGACGUCGAAGGACUAGCCGAAUUGAGAGAACGCGUUGCCAAAGCUGCUGCUGCUGCUGCCAGCAACGGGAGCACCAAGCUCCUGUCACACCAGGAUCGGGACAAAGAGGAGCCCGAUGUGGUUGUACCCAUGAAGGUGCGCAACCGGCAUGCUUUCCUGGACAAGACGACCGAGCACCGAAUACGCGCACUCCUCUACCUCAGCGUUUUGUACGGCGCCAACACGGGCACCAUAGCGACCAUCACGAGCGGCGCUUCGAACAUUGUCUUCAAAUUUGUUAUCGAGGACUUGUACGGAGACCGGGCGCCUGUGGACUAUGCGCUGUGGAUGUUUUUUGCCCUGCCAACCGCACUGAUCGGAACUGGCCUCAUUUUUCUCGCCGUGGUACCCGCAUUCUUUCGAUGCAAGAGGCAAGCUUUUCUUUUUUUUUUGUUAUACCUACACCCGCAUGUCUUAUCCCCGUAGAACAAACGCGAAACGAAAGCGAUAGACAACGUUCUACGGAAGAGUAAUUUGGGUAUUGGGUUUGUGUUGGGCCAUCUCAAUAUAUGUCGUCUACUUUUGAAGGUUAAUACAUUGAUUAAUAGGCUGAUUACAUUUGUUUAGAACUCAAUCAGGCAAAUCGUGGUUAUCAUGUAAUGCUGCACAAUUACGCGCUCGUUCCACCAUAUUCAGGCUCCUAAAUACUGUAUCGUUUACGUAAUUUCUGACCAUUCACCGAUCUUGAUGCUGGCACAUAUACCACGUGCUUUAACCUCAGCAAGCCCAUGCACCAUUCCAUAUCACAGGACAUUAGAGCAGCUUGUUCAGCUUUAAUUCUGGCCAUGGACAGUACAUUCUUGAAAAAGAACUAUAUUUAAAGUGGUAUUAGAGUUAGAAAUAAUUUGUGAUUGUUUUCA